GUCUCCCUCCCAGUCCCACCCCCACGGUUCGCGGAGCCCGAGAGAGCGGCGCGCGCGUGCCAGCGUCUCCGCGUCCGCAUGGGGGCGUGGGUGGGCUACGUGUCGCCGCGGCGGCAGGCAGGCGGAGGAGGGCAAACACCUGGAGCGCGGCCGCGGCGACACCCACUCCGCCAGUCGCCACCGAGCGUAGCGAGCCAGCCCGUUUAUAUUUAACCGCGGAGGGGGGUGGAGAGAUGGUUCGAGAUCCCUGAUGCUCGUCGCCGCUCCCUCCUGUUCCUCGCCCACGCGUCAUCAUGUUUGCAGUUGUUUGUGUGGACGGAUUGUUUCUUGGUUGGCCCUUAACCUUUGUACACGAGACAAGAUCACGCACACUAGCGGCUUCCCAAGAAGAAGGGAAGGCUGCUCCGAAGAAGCAGAAGACAGAAAGCAAAGAGCAGGAAGGUGGCCAGCAAGCGCCCUCCAAGAACAAGAAGACAGCCGACAAUGAAGAGCACGACGGGGAGCAGGAGCCAUCAAAGAACAAGAAGCUCAAAGCGGAGGAAUCUGACCUGAAUGGGAAGGCAACAGCCGUGAAGGAGUUCUCUGAAUUCUGCAAGGCCAUAAGGGAACACCUCACGAUCGAGGACAUGCGCAAGAUCCUCCAAGGCAAUGAACAGGAUGCAUCUGGAUCAGAAGAUGCAGUUGUCCCAAGAUGUGAGGAUGUGAUGUUUUAUGGGCCUCUUGACAAGUGCCCCGUAUGCGGUGGUCAGCUCGAGUGUAAGGGAUUGAAAUACAAUUGCACUGGGACUCACAGUGAGUGGGCAUGUUGUAGCUUCAGUACUAACAAUCCUUCGAGGAGAGGUGGUCCUAUAAAGGUCCCUGAUGAUGUCAAGAAUGAUUUCGUGCGCAAGUGGCUGAAGCAACAAGAAGGGAAUAAGUACCCUAAACGUAAUUUGGAUGACGAGGGUAUCUUCUCGGGCAUGAUGAUUGCAUUGUCUGGAAGGAUGUCACGCUCACAUGGUUAUUUCAAGGAGCAGAUUAUGAAGCAUGGAGGGAAAGUCAACAACUCCGUGAUUGGUGUCACUUGUGUAGUGGCUUCCCCAGCUGAGAGACAUCAAGGUGGCUCUGGAGGAUUUGCCGAAGCACUGGAGCGUGGAACUCCUGUUGUGAGUGAGAAUUGGAUAAUUGAUAGCGUCCAGAAGAAGGAAAAGCAACCUUUGGCUGCUUAUGAUAUUGCAUCUGAUGUUGUUCCAGAAGGCCGAGGGCUGCCGCUGGGCAACCUUGAUCCAACUGAGGAGGCUAUCGAGACCUUGGCUGCAGAGCUUAAACUUGCAGGCAAAAGAGCAGUGCACAAAGAUUCUAAACUGGAGAAAGACGGAGGACAUAUCUAUGAGAAGGAUGGCAUCAUCUACAAUUGUGCCUUUUCUGUGUGCGAUUUAGGAGGCGAUAUUAACCAGUUAUGCAUUAUGCAGCUGAUCAUGGUGCCUGAGAACCAUUUGCACCUAUACUACAAGAAGGGUCCUAUUGGACAUGACCAGAUGGCAGAGGAACGGGUUGAAGAUUUUGGUAGUCGUUUCAAUGAUGCUAUCAAGGAAUUUGUCCGUCUUUUUGAGGAGGUUACUGGAAAUGAGUUUGAACCAUGGGAGAGAGAGAAGAAAUUUAAGAAGAAGUGUAUGAAGAUGUAUCCCUUGGACAUGGAUGAUGGUGUUGACGUGCGCCAUGGUGGUGUGGCUCUUCGUCAGUUGGGAGCUGCUGCAGCACACUGCAAGCUUGACCCUUCUGUUACUUUUAUCAUGAAACAACUAUGCAGCCAAGAAAUAUACAGAGCUUCUUGUCACAGGUAUGCUUUGACAGAGAUGGGCCAUGAUGUGCCAGACCUUCCUAUCGGGAUGCUUACAGAUCUCCAUCUGAAAAGAGGGGAGGAGACGCUACUAGAGUGGAAACAAGAUGUCGAGUCUGCUCCAGAGUCUGGGCCUGCUGCUGACGCAUUCUGGAUGGAGAUCAGCAAUAAGUGGUUCACCCUAUUCCCCACAACUCGUCCAUAUACAAUGAAGGGAUAUGAACAGAUUGCUGACAAUGUGGCUUCUGGUUUGGAGACUGUUCGUGAUAUAAAUGUCGCUUCUCGUCUUAUUGGUGAUGUGUUUGGUUCAACUUUAGAUGACCCACUGUCUCAAUGCUACAAGAAACUAGGCUGUUCUAUCAAUCGUGUUGUUGAAGACUCGGAGGACUAUAAGAUGAUCCUGAAGUAUCUGGAGAAAACCUACGAGCCUGUCAAGGUUGGCGAUGUGGUUUACAGUGCUACUGUCGAGCGGAUAUAUGCUGUUGAAUCGAGUGCUCUUCCUUCUUAUGAUGAAAUAAAGAAACUUCCGAACAAAGUUCUCCUCUGGUGUGGAACAAGAAGUUCAAAUUUGCUCAGGCACCUGCGCGAUGGUUUCGUGCCUGCUGUCUGCCAUAUACCAGUGCCGGGAUACAUGUUUGGCAAAGCCAUAGUUUGCUCAGACGCAGCAGCCGAAGCCGCGCUCUACGGCUUCACGGCGGUGGAUCGUCCGGAGGGUUACCUGGUCCUGGCGGUGGCAUCUCUGGGGAAAGAGAUCCAGGAGAUAACAGGCACGCCAGGCUCAGAGGACGUGAAACGCAUGGAGGAGAAGAAGAUGGGCGUGAAGGGAGUCGGGAGGAAGACGACCGACCCGUCGGAGCACUUCACCUGGAGGGACGGCGUCACGGUGCCGUGCGGCAAGCUGGUGCCGUCCACGAACAAGGACGGCCCGCUCGAGUACAACGAGUACGCCGUGUACGACCCCAAGCAGGUGAGCAUCGCGUUCCUCGUGGGCGUGAAGUACGAGGAGCAGAACAUGGAGGUGGUGCCGGACGAGUGAUCGAUCGCCGGCCGGUCACCCGACCGAGGCCGGUGGCGGCCAUCUGCCGUUCUGCAGCUUUUUAGCUUAGAGUAAUGGUAGCGAAUGCAUUUUGGGCCCGUGUCCCAUUUUGGGCUGUGUACUUGCUGGAGCCCGGCAGCGACGGUGGUGGCUGGUGUGUUCGACGGUGGCAGCCCGUGUCCCGUUUUGGGCUUUGCCUUGUUCUCUUCUCUUCGUCGUUUGCCGUGCGGGUGUGCAGCGCAGCCACGCUCUGUAGGCUGAAAGAACCCGUUGUCGCAGUGUCAAAAGUUUGUACAUAUUUGUUAUGUGAAUCGUAAUGGGAUGUCGGGGUUAUCAGUUAUCACUUACUUUUCAA